CAUCCUUGCUGCAGGGAGGAGCAUUGAGCAUCCGUCUCACUGUAUUCAAGAAAACGGAUAUAUACAAUACUUUUUUUUUUUUUUUUUUUUUUUACUUUUCAUUGCUUAUGUUCAAAACCUUUUAUAUCAUCUAUUAUAUGCACAAGGGGUUUCAACGCGGAACCUUCUAGCUAUCAUCUGUCUCAAGAAGGGCGCGGGUUUUUCAGUUGUAUAGGGAAGUCGUCUCAUUUUAUUUCCUGCGCCAAAAAAAUGCAAUGACAUGGUCAGUACAAUAAUACCUCGAUGAGAGGAGCGUGAGCCGGUGGGAAGUGUGCUGCAUAACUGCCUGAGAUAAUGCUGUUGACACGCGCAGCCUGGAGCUGCUGCUGAGGGAGGAACAGGCAGUCCUGUACAGUCAGGGAGCUACUCACAGAGAGGGACCAUGUCCCACCACCACCACAGGAACCCCAGCCAGGGCAGCCACCGCACAAUGAGCGCCGAGGAGAGGAGCUCCACUCCCAUCCGCCACCACAAGACACCUACACACAAGAGCGCCUCGUCAUCCUCCUCAUCCCAGCGCGACAGCCGGCAGGAGGCAGACAGCUGGGAAAUCAUCGAGGGGCUGAAAAUCGGUCAGAGCAACGUCCAGAGGCCAGAUAAACACGAGGGCUUCAUGCUGAAGAAGCGAAAAUGGCCACUGAAAGGCUGGCACAAGCGUUUUUUUGUCCUGGACAAUGGGAUGCUGAAGUACUCCAAGUCACCAAUUGAUAUUCAGAAAGGCAAGCUGCAUGGCUGCAUUGAUGUGGGUCUCUCUGUCAUGUCCAUCAAGAAGAGAGCCCGCCGCAUUGACUUGGACACAGAGGAGCAUCUCUACCACCUCAAGAUCAAGUCUCCAGACAUCUUUGACUCCUGGGUGGUCAAGCUGCGCCACCACCGUCUCUACCGGCAGAAUGAGAUUGUCCGCUCCCCCCGAGACGCCACCAUAAGGACGUUUCCUCCCCCUGCCAGCACCGAGUCCCCCAUCCCUCACCCCCACCCAGCCCCCUCCCCCGCUGCAGGACAACAUGAAGUAAAGCAGACCAAGCCCACCAGCCUUCCACCAUGGCACCCCCCUGCCCCCAGUAGCAGCACCAGCCUCCCACCAUGGCAGUCCCCCCAGGCCCCCUGUACCAGGAGCAGCUUGCCUGCCUCCUACAGUAACGGGCAGAGCAAGGUGGCCACAUGGCUCCAGGAGUCAGAGGAGAUGGACAAGUGUACAGAGGAGCUCGCCCGCUGCCAGUCCAGCCUGAUUGAGCUGAGCAAGUUACUGCAGAGCCUGGAGGGCCUACAGAGGACCCAGUCAGCGCCCAAUUUCACUGACAUGCAGCAUAGUUCUGUAGACAUGUCAAAGAAAGGCAAGCGCAUGAACAGCAGAUGGAGAACCAAAAGUGUCUGCAAAGUUUCAAAAUUGCAGCAUCAGGUCCCCUCUCUCCCUGUGAGUGCCAGUAUGUCGCCAACGCGCCUCCACUCCUCCAACCCCAAUCUGUGCGCUGAGCAGGUGGACUUCCAGACCCCUGUCUCUCGCCAGAUUCCUGACAACAUGGAGUGUGGCGGUGACUACAUCAAACUACAGGAGGACUUCUGCCUCAUCGCUCAGAAAGUACACUCCAUGUUGAAGUCUGCGUUCAACACAGUGGCCAUGGAGAAGGAGAAGAUCAAAUCUGUUCUCUCAGACCAGGAGCAGUCAGAGUGGCCUGCCCAGGUCAUCACCCUCAGGAAGUCUCUGUCACAGGCCCUGUCCCAAAACGCUGAGCUUAAAACCCGACUGGGCCACAUCCACUCUGAGUCGGUCCUGUCUGAACAAACAAUCAGUGUGAACCUCAUCACCAGGCCUGAUGAGGAGGGGGAGCAGAGGGGAAUCCCUCUGACCCAACAGACGUCCAAUGAGAGCAGGCUGUCGAUGUCAGAGUCUGUGUCGGAGUUCUUCGACGCCCAGGAAGUGCUGCUGUCGGCCAGCUCGUCAGAGAACGAGGCCUCAGACGAUGAAUCAUAUGUCAGCGAUGUGAGUGAUAACAUCUCAGAAGACAAUGCCAGCGUGACUGAUAACGUCUCCAGACAAAUGCCAAACGGAGACCUGGCUGGAAGUGCCUUCCGUAACGGGCGUCGGCCGUGUCUCCCCGCCCCCUCGCCAGACUGCAGCAACAUCAACCUGUGGAACAUCCUGAGGAACAACAUAGGGAAGGACCUGUCCAAGGUGUCCAUGCCUGUGGAGCUCAACGAGCCCCUCAACACCCUGCAGCACAUGUGUGAAGAGCUGGAGUACACUGAGCUGCUAGACAGGGCUGCCGAUACGGAGGACCCUUAUGAACGCAUGGCCAUUAUGGCAGCGUUCGUCAUCUCAGGAUACUCCUCCACGUACUACAGAGCGGGAAGCAAGCCAUUCAACCCUUUACUGGGAGAGACAUAUGAAUGUAUCCGUGAGGACAAAGGCAUGUGUUUUAUCGCUGAGCAGGUGAGCCACCAUCCACCCAUAUCAGCGUGUCACGCUGAUUCCAACAAGUUCACCUUCUUGCAAGACGUCAGAUGGAAAAACAAAUUCUGGGGGAAAUCAAUGGAAAUCCUCCCAAUUGGCACCGUUAAUGUUAUCCUUCCAAGCUUUGGGGACCACUAUGAAUGGAACAAGGUCACCACCUGCGUGCACAACAUCCUAAGCGGGAGAAGGUGGAUCGAACACUACGGAGAGAUCACCGUUAGAAACACCAAAAGCAGCGCCUGUAUCUGCAAACUUACCUUCGUCAAGGGAAAUUACUGGAGUUCUAAUGUGAAUGAGGUUCAAGGGUUUGUGAUGGACCAAGAGGGGAAGGUGGUGCGUCGGCUGUUCGGAAAAUGGCACGAGGGCCUUUACUGUGGAGUCCCGCCCUCUGCUAGAUGCAUCUGGAGGCCAGGCUCCAUGCCCACAGACUACGAGCUGUAUUAUGGCUUUACCAGGUUUGCCAUUGAGCUCAAUGAGCUUUGCCCUGAGAUGCAAGACCUGCUACCACCCACAGAUGCCCGCUUCAGACCCGAUCAAAGACACCUGGAGGAGGGCAAUGUGGAAAUGGCAGCCUCAGAAAAGCAGCGCAUUGAGGACAUGCAGCGCACCAGGAGGAAGUGGCAAGACGAGAACGACAUUAAGCAUGAACCACGCUUCUUCAAGAAAGUGGUUGAUGCCAAUCAAAGGGAGCGCUGGGUCACUAACAACACCUACUGGGAGCUUCGCAAAUCCCCCGGCUUCAUCAACAUGGAAAACCCUAAUCUAUGGUAGCAUGUGGAUCGCUAUGCACACCAUAUCAUCAUCGCUGACAAAGGCUUUUAUCUAUGCACAAUGAGGAUUUCAAAUGAAUAUCUCAUUGACAAAAUGACAGUGUGGAAGGAUACAAGAGCUGAGAUGAGUUGAUGACUUACCAUCGCCCUAUUCAGCCGGCCAGUCACCCAUUCAAGCAUCCUCUUGGAUCCCCCUCAUUGAGCUUGGUGCGGAGGCUGGGUUGUCAGGGCAACAAUCUUACCAUGUAGAUCUAUCCUAAGUCAUUUUGUGUUUGUCCUUGCCUUAAUGUCAUCUAUCCACACCACACAUUUUAAAGCUUUUAGUGAAACCCACUUGAGUUCUGAUAGUGGUUUGAUAUAGACUAGUGAUGGUAAUGAAAGCGGUUUGAUUUAGAUUAGUGUUUGUUCUGAAAGCAGUUUGAUUUAGAUUAGUGAUGGUAAUGAAAGCGGUUUGAUUUAGAUUAGUGUUUGUUCUGAAAGCAGUUUGAUUUAGAUUAGUGAUGGUAAUGAAAGCGGUUUGAUUUAGAUUAGUGAUGGUAAUGAAAGCGGUUUGAUUUAGACUAGUGUUUGUUCUGAAAGCGGUUUGAUUUAGACUAGUGUUUGGAUUAGGCCUUUAACCAACUACUAAUGUAUGUGUCAUGCAUGUUUAGAGUCCAGCUUUCAUUGGCAUAUCCUAUAUAGACUAACAUUAUUUGUUUUAAAAAGAAAAUAAUGAAGUCUGAAGUUUUUGUAAAAUAUCUUCAACAUCAUAGAAUUGAGUGAAAAUUUAACUAAUAUACAAUAUUGGAAGAUUGCUCUUAUUUAUUUUUUAAUUAGCCAUUUGCAUUAGUUCAGUCUGAAUCAUAGCUGUAUUCUCUAUUGGGGCACACAUUUUUUUGUGAAAGUUAAAAGAGAUACUCCGGUAGUUUUGUAUAGUUUUUAGCCAGUAGUUAUGAAAGUAGCACUCACGAGACAAAAAAGAGGAAAAUUGCGUACUACAUCACGUAUGUGCAGAUUUGUGCACCACAUCAUUGCUCUGUCUCUCUCUCUCUGCUGUGUGUGCAUGAUGUGCCUCUUGUUAGCUGUCACUCAAAUGGUUGAAGCUCAUUGGUUGAACUCGAAUUUCUAGGGGGCUGGACCACGUGGGGGAAAAUGGUGCAGCUCAGCUUCCAGAAAAACAGUCACUUUCAAACGAGGGAUUUUGUGUCUAAUUGAUGUAAAACCAUAAUUCUGCUCAUAGAUUAAGCAUGUAUGAACUAUACAUUAGCCCCGUUUAUACCUGCCACUUACAUGUGUCCUUCGUCCUGAUCUUGCUUUUUUAUUGAUAUAUACACCUGUCUAAAAAUGUGGCACAAUCAGAAUGAAGACAAGAACAGGACAAAAGGCACAUGUUAGGUAUAAGCGUGGCUAUUGACACAUCUAGCCCAAAGCGAGAGGUUUAAAAAUAAUAAUAAUAACGUAUUAGUCGCCAAAGUUCCGGAACAUGUCUUUAAUUUGUUUUAAUCACUGGUAUUGGUGAAGGACAUUGCUGUAUGUUGAGACGUUUUCUCAGCGACUCCCAAAGACAAAACCCCUUGAGUUGAGACGUUUAGUUCCAGUUUGGCUAGUUGAGGGAGACCGGCCCAACAGCUGAUACAUAAGCACUGGUAAGUGACUUCCUUUUUCGAGCCUUCAUGCAGCACACCCCCCUCAUCACUCAUCACAACUGUUUAAGCUACAGACAAUACUUCCUUGUAAUUAACUUUUACAUGUAUAGACAAUUCUGCUUUCUGUUAUUCAGCUCACACGAAAACUAUUUUUGAAGGUUUAAGAAAGAAAAAAAAGGUAUGAAUAUAAUUUGAAUGUUCUUUAAUUUCCUGUAAUACAAUUGAUCUGUGUUGUUGUCUGAGUGUUAUAGUGAGAAUCCUAGCCUGCAGUAGAACUAUAAAGACAUGUCAGCACCCAGGACAUCUGAUAUGGUGAUAUGAAGACAUACCUACUGGCCGUGUGCCCAUCCCUUCUAAAGAAUCUAUUUAAAACCCAGGUCACUUGUCUGGAAACAUAGUUACACCGACUCAUCUUUGAUACAGGUCUAUGUAUAAUGUGGUAGCUGGUUGGCUCGUUAGUGUAUUUCCUUUUCACGUUAUUUUCCAACUAAGCCCCUCAGUGAAAUGACAAGCGUAGUGAAAGUGGAGUAGUAGUCCUGCUGUCCUGUAGCAGUAUAGAGGUCAACGUGACCUCUACUGGGAACCAUGUGACCUCUACUGGGAACCACGUGACCUCUACUGGGAUCCACAUGAUCAUUGGAGUGUCACAACUACACCAGACUGACUAGCUACCCCAAUUUAUUGAACGACACUAGACUGACUGACUAGAUACCCCCACUUAUACAUCUACACCAGACUGUCUGACGAGAUACCCCACUUAUACAACUACAGUACACCAGACUGACUGACUAGAUACCCCCACUUAUACAACUACAGUACACCAGACUGACUGACUAGAUACCCCCACUUAUACAACUACAGUACACCAGACUGACUGACUAGAUACCCCCACUUAUACAACUACAGUACACCAGACUGACUGACUAGAUAUCCCCACAUACAAGUGUAUUGUAAAACACUUAGGGAUGCCUUUUUGUCAGUUCUUUGACAAUACAUAACAGAUUCCCAUAUACAUAUUAAUUUGUGUUAUGUAAAAGAGGCCAAGGGCCAAAAUUAUUUUACAACGUUCAGAAUUUUUUUUGCUUUUGCAAAUCCUUUAACGUGGCAGAAUGUUGACGUUAAAGCCAAAGACGAGUGUUUUUUAAUUAUAGAAAAAUAUAAACUCAUUCUAGUUAUGGUGUUUUCAUUAUGUAGUUACAACACAGAGAAAAAAGCUAUUAUAUUUGAUUAUCCUUUAAACAAGUGUCCAGUUCCUAUAAUUUACUGCUAUGAUGUUGUCCUUAACCAUUCACCAAUACCAUUUUAAAAGGUUUAGAUUACUACUGCCAAACAGCUUUAAUGUAUAUUUGACGUCCCCCUUCCCUCUUGUCAUUGUGUGUGGCAGUCCAUACACAAUGGUUCAGUGUUAGAUUACCACAGAAUCUGUAACGAUACAUUGUACAUUUGGAUUAUAUUGAUUUGUUCUUUGUUUUGUCCUAGUGAAGCCGGAAAUUGAAACAAGGAAAGUGGUCCUACGUUAGAAAUAUAUAGAAUGGAAACGUUCAACUAUAAAGUCUUGACUAUUAUUUUCGUGUGUAAUGUCCAGUACUGAAGAUUAAGACAGAAAAACGAUAGAUAUGACUACAACAUAUUGUAGCCAUGUAUUCAGAAAUCUAAUUUGUUUGUCCACUGUCAAUUCCACUUGAUGUGCCUUAAUACAUUUUUAUUAAUUCCUCGCACACAAUGUUGAUAAGAAACCACAUACAAGUCAGAUAAGGAAACCAUUUCAAAUCCAAUCAACCACUUUCCCCACUUGAGUAUUGUUCCCCAAAUUGUAUUAUGUACUGAAUAAUGUUGGGGAAUAGAAGUGCUCGGAAUGUGUCUGAAAUCUUGGUACGAUGUAGGCGGGGGGACAAUGAUAUUUCCCAUAAAUCUAGAUAUUCUAAUUUUCUGUGCAGUCAACUCCACUCAUUUGUGAUCACCGUUAUUGUCAGUAUCAUACUGUCAGCCCAGUACUCUAUUGCACUGCACUACAUGUAAACAGUAGAAUAUUCCUGUCUCCUCUUUUGGCCUGAUGUAAAGACUUUACUAUCAACAUCAACAUCAAACUACAUGAUAUUUGAGGAGGAUCAGGUAGUCUGUGAUGUUCUAGAUGAAUACAUUGUUUUCAGAAAGAGAGAGAGGCCUUGUAGAAAAUAACUAAGACUUGUUUCAUCAGAGUAGAACGAUGAAACUUCCUGAGUAGUUAAUGGGUGACAAUGUUUAUGUAUCUGCAUGUUUAAAUGACAUAGCCUGCCAAUGAAUGUUGCAAAUGCCUUAUGAAAGAUUUUUUAUUUCCUCUAUUGGAGUUUUUCUUUUGAGUUUCGAACUGACAUGUAAAUAUUACACACUGUGUCAGCGGAGUUCUUUAAGUCCAUUUUCUAAUGGGUACCUUCUAAAGUGCAAUUGUCUUAAGUACAUAUCUUUCCAUGACCACUGUACACUGCUGCUAUCAUAGUGCUUGGUCUAAUACAAAAUAAAUACAACCGAGGAGUCUGCCACA